CAUACCGUUUAAUGUUUACACGGACGUGAAAUACUUUUAUCAAAAUACCUACUAUCAUAAUUUCGUUUAAAUUAUUUGCUUUUGUAUUAUAGAUGAUAAUAAUAAAUAACGUUUUGAUGUUUCGGUGACGGAUAAUAAUAAUAAUAAUAAUAUGUACUAAUUAAUUAUUGUCGUUCACACGUUUUAUUUUAUUUAUUAUCGACACUCACGAACACACUCACACUCACUCACUUGCAUACCGUCGUCGACAUUAAUUGUCUCGUGUGCAGCCAGAGAUCAUUCGACGACGUUCGAAGCUCAGAAGCGAAGUGACCAGCUUUGUGUACCCCAUUUGAAACUGACCGAUAAACGACGGGCACGAUGAACGAUUACACCGCCAAGGACUUGAGUGACAAUGAACCAGAAGACAAUGAAAACAAUGACAACGACAAACGUGCAUUUGAUGAGAUGAACAGUCAAAUUCAACUUGUUCUACAAGAUAUGAAAGACAAAUUCCAAAUUAUGUCUGAUCAAAUAUUGUCGAGAAUAGAUGAUAUGGGUGCACGUAUCGAUGAUUUAGAGAAGAAUAUUUCUGACUUGAUGAUCCACGCUGGUCUCGAAACUCCAGACAAAUGAUAUUUAGAAUACUAUCGUAUUACAAGAAAUGAAUAGGUCACUUAAUAUUAACAAGAUUAUAUAUAUAUAUAUAUAUAUAAACUUAGGACCUACAUAAUUAUUUGAAAUAUGAUUAAAAUUAAAACAAGGUAAACUUAAGUGUAUCAUUGUCUAUAGACUAUAAGUAUCUCUAUACUCUGUCUAGCAAGAAAACAAACGGCAGUCCAAUAAAAAUUGGUUCUUCUGUACAUCCUUGCGCAUCAACCUACUAUAGUGAAACUGGUCUCGAAGGCAGGUUGUCGAUUCAAUAUGCGCAGAAUUGCCUUGUUCUCUUGCUGGACAGAGUGUAUUAUAUAUAUUAAUACCUAUAUAUUAUAAUAUGUGUAUUUCGUUUUUUUAUAUACUAUCUAUCAGUCUUCUGCGAUAAUAAAACUUAAAUAUAAAAUUAUAUGAUAGAUCCAUACUAGUUGUAUAUCUAUACUCUAUUCAGCUUAUGAAUGGCCAGUUAGAUAAACUUAAAUGCGUUGCAACUGCGCAUCUAUUCCCAAUACCGGUACGCAUAAACACAGCUGCCUCUACUCUAAACUGAAUAGACCUAUAGACCUAUAAUUAUGUUCUUUCCAUUAGUUGAAUUUAUUCAACUCAUAUUGACCAAUAUUUAACUUAUUAAAGCUAAAAACAGCUCAAACCUGUAAAUUAUUUUUAAGGAAUUUUCACUCAUUAGUAAAUGUUAGUAUUUCUUUAUAUACUAAAUAUAAUUUACCUGAUACACAGAUUAAUUUAUUCAACUUCAGAAAUAUAGUUUUCUUUUCUUACAAAAAAUAUUAUACUUUUAUUUUAAACACACGUUGUAGUAUUUAGAGAUUAUUAUAUCAAGAGGAUUUAAUACAAACUGUUUUUAAGUUCAAUAAAGGACAUUUUCUAACUUAAUGCAUUUAAAUAUGUGAGUAAUAUGUAAUAAUUAAAUGAGAUGUGAGGCACUUACAUGUCAAUAUGUAAUAUUUUUUGCUUUUUACUAGAUGCGUAUACUUUAUCAAACCAACAAAAUUUGUAAUGCGAUAAGCAAAAUCUAAAAACAAAUUAAAUUAAAUUCUUUAUGAAGUUUGAGAUGAAUAAUCCUACUCUUGUGAUUAUUUUUUUUCAAUAUUGUAAAAUCAUUAAAAAUUCUUCAUUUUUUCAAUUUAAAAAUAAAAGUUAAAGAAAAGGUUUGAGUUGAAAUUGAAAACGUUUUGUUAUCAAUAUCACUAAACUCCAUAAUGAGUUUAAUUAAAUUUCAGUUUUUACAUAAAUACAAUAAACAAAUUAUAGACAUUUUUUCAUACAGUCGGUACUUAAUCCUCUUAAUGUUUUCAAAAUAUAUGAUUAUUAUAGCUUAAUCAAUCUCAUUACAACAUUGUACAAUGACUGAGAAUCAUUUAACAUUUUUUUAAGAGCUAUAGGUAUGGUAUAAAAUUUAAUUUAAGUAGGCAUUUUAAUGUAAGUUAAUUGGCAGAAAUAUUAAAUUUUCAGUUGUUUUUAAACAAUUUCUGCAUAUUAUUAUAUUUCUGUUAUUAGAAUAAACAAAAUUGUAUGAACCAACAGUCUUUAUUUGAAUAAACUACCUAUAUGUAAAAAAUAUUUUAUUUGGCUCCUAAUUUAUUUGUAAAAAAAAAUGUCAUGAAGAGUUUUUCUAGAUAAGUAUAAUGAAAAAAAUAUAAUUGUUGUGUUGUCUAAUUUACAUUAUAAUUAUAUGAGUAGUUUAAAUUACACAACUUUAUUUUGUAUGCAAAUUGUGUGGUUGAACAUUUGAACAUAAUAUGACAUCAUUGGAAUUCUAUAUUAUUAAUGUAGUCAAUAAUGCAGAACCUAUUAUCUAAUUAAGUUUAUUAAAUAAUAAACAUUACAUUUAAUUUAAUUUUAAGCGCAUGUGCUUGAUUUUAAUAAUAUAUAAAACAGAGUUUAUAAUGUUAAGCUUAGUCAUUCUCUUUAUAUACCUAUUAUAUUAUGUAUUUGUUACAGUUGAUUACUAUUACAUUUAUCCUUAUAUU